AUGUCGAGGACAACGCGACAGCAGUCGCAUGCAAGCGGAUUGAAUUCUAAUAAUUCACAUCAGAAGGCAGGACGCUUCUCGCUCUGGAAGAGACCAAAUAACACUAUUACGAGGGAAGAACCUCCUAUAGCCAGUAGCUCUGGGUUGAUGAUUGAUCCCCCUCACAGCGACCUGAUCGUUAGCUCUCCUGUCGUUCUCCCGGAAAUCGAAUUAACUAGAUCUAAUUUAUCGCAAGAUCUCUUCCUCGGCGCAUUACACGAUCCCAAUUACAUACAGUUGCAAAACAACAUAAGACGUUUACGCAAAGCGCCGGUGGGACCGGAACCUAAAAAUGUAGAUGCCGCUUGGGAAAUUUACAAAACGCAGAGAGAGGAAUCCCUAGAACAUUGUCGAAAAUUGAUUGAGAAAUCGCAGCAUCAUGCUCGGAAUCCAUCAUUCGAAUCCAGCAUAGGUCCGUUGGAUACACGAUCAUCUCUCAGCAGUGGCUCCAUCAAUGACGCAUCUCUACCAUUUCAGAUCAAUCCCCAGUGGAUAUCAACUAUUCGCGAGUACAAGGCUGUUCAGGAAACACUGCUCAACACUCUUCAUACUUCUCUAGUUGUGACGUAUACUGCUUAUGAACCCGAUGCAUCUCAACGUCAGCUCGAGGUCUUCUUAGCAGAUAAGGAGCAUCGUAAAAAUGUCAUCACAAAGUGGCGAGACACAAGCGUUCGUCGAGUGAGGUCGGAAAGGCCAGAAUUUUUCGAAAAGUAUAAGAUACGAUCUUUGAACUUUGAUAAACUAAAGCACGACAUCGAAGAAUCGGAAAGAUUAUUCAACACAGGUCAUACACCAAACAGAGUCGUUCGCGAGUCUGUCAUUUAUAAGAAUGGAGACACAAUCUUAGAGUUUGCCAACCGCCCCUCGGAUAGUCUACCGAUUAUCAGAUUUCGUGUGUCGUCCCAUUUUUUGAUCCCAGAUGAUGUGUCGCCAUUGCUCUCUCAAAUGCUUUCUCCUGGACCAAUUACCCCGUUAGAUAUGAUGAACGACCUUCCUAAAGCACCAUCUAAGGUCGUUGGAAAGGAUGGCAUUGGAGUAAAUGUAUAUCGCAUGCCACAGAUGGAGCCUAACAACCACGAGGCAUUGGCGCUCUUACUUCAUGCGAUCCAUGGACACACUCAGAGGCUUCCACGGGAUGAUAUUGAUUUUUCGGUCUUCGUUAGUAUUGCAGAUGUAUGCCUAAGAUAUAGGUGCACAUCUCCAGUAGAGUUACAAGUAGAAUAUCGAUGGUUACCUCAAUGGGAAUCCCGAGCGGCCGAGAACAACCCCGAAGAACUCCUCCUUAUCGCGUAUGCAUUUGGCGCAAGAGACCUAUUCACACGAAUCUCUCGAAGCAUUAUUCUUAACGCCAAAGAUGAUGACGAUACUCAAGGUAAAGAACUUUGGCCACAAGCUAUCAAGAAUACGAUUAAGACACGCAGGCGUAUAUACAUGGAACAAAUACUUGAUUAUUGUGCAAGCGUCAUAAGCGAAUACCUCCGGCCACCGCGGCAGAAUUCAGAGAGACCAGUUCACGUAGGAUCACUUGAGCUGUCCACAGUACGAUGCCCAAGAGGAUCCCAUACUUGCGAUGCCACCAACCUCGGCUGGCUCAUGCUAGUAUACAAUGAAUUGGGCGUUUCCCCUCUUUCUCUCAAACUAUCAUCAAAUCGUAGUCUUAAGGAGUUGAUCGACUGCUUAAGACUGAUGCCUAGUCCGCCUCAGACUCAUAUUGGCGUCUGUGAUUUUGCUCCUUACUUUAGAGCCAAAAUAAAUGACAUCUCGACCACCAUUAUAGGUCUUACACUUCACGAUGUCUCGGGCAAACACGGAUGGGCCCUGAGCAAGGGCAAGGGACCACAAAAUACAGCCUCGGAAGAGAUAUUUGAGCUACCCGUGCAAGUUAGCUCGAAAGAGUCUAUUGUCGAAGCCGAAAAAGCAAAAGAGGCAACCAAAAUCGCUGUUAGCUUACGCAUUUUAUCACUCCUCGAUAAUCUCGACGAUCUUCAUGCGGCGGCGAUGAUUGAUAAGACAUUCUACGGCGCCUAUAUAAAGCAUGAAGGAAAAUUGCUCCGGAAUAUAGUUAAAUCUAGGUUGAUACAUGCUUCCUUAGCACCUGAAGCCCAAGUUGGCAUUAUGAGCCGGACGCUUCCAGAUACCACAGAGUCUUUAGAAGCUACCGCUGUCGACCUCGUCGAUGACUCUGAAUCUGCAGUGUCUUCUAUUUCGGAGCAUGGAUCGUUUGCUGCCCAGGAUGAGGAUUUAUAUAGUGUUUCGCUACCAUUGUCACCAAUGGAUAUGGCGGCGAUGCCUAUGCCUACUUCCGAAGAAGAGGCACGUGAGCUUCUCACGCGCAAUGUUGAGGCUACCAGUCGAGCCUGGGCAAUGAGGGACGUUUUACAACCACCUGAGAGGGGGAUGAGGUCUGCACGAAACGAAAAAUUCUUGGCGGGUGACUUUGCACAUAUUGAGGACAAAUCUCGGAUGGAGGAAGAGAGUAAGCAGCUACGGGCUGAAAAGGGGAAAGUCAUGCAUUUCAGUGGGCUGUAA